GGUAGCUGUUUUGAUAUUUGGCAUAAUAAUAUUUAAUUUUUACAACAAAAAAAAUUUGCUUAAAUUAUAGGCAAAUAAAAUAUAUUAUGUAAAAUAAUCGUAAGACAUUAAAAAUAAGCAAAAAGAGCAAUGGCUUCCGAUAUAUUUUCUUUACGAAUAGUAGAUGUCUCUCACUAUAUGAAUCGACCUGUUUACGGAUUAGAUUCAUGCUUCUCAGAAUUUAGAGGGAAAGAAAUUAAAUCUGUUCCAGUAAUAAGAAUUUUUGGUUCUACAUCUGAUGGAAUCAAAACGUGUUUACAUAUUCAUGGAGUCUUACCAUAUUUUUAUAUUCCUUACGAAUAUGCGGGCAAGGAGUCAUUGGAUAAAUUUAUUUAUGAACUAUGUGAAAGUUUGGACAAAGCUUUGAAUGUAUCGCUAGGUCAAUCGUCAUCUCAAACACAUCAUAUAUUCAAUGUCCAACUAGUAAAAGCAUUUCCAUUUUAUGGUUACCACAGGAAGGAACAUUUGUUCUUAAAAAUUUAUAUGUAUAAUCCAAGGUUAUUGAAACGAGCAUCUAACUUAUUGCAAAAUGGAGCUCUACAGGGAAAAAGUUUCCAAGCAUUCGAUUCUCAUGUUCCUUAUAGGCUGCAAUUUCUAAUUGAUUACAAUCUUUUUCCAAUGAGUUUUUUACGUGCUUCAUUUUCAGAUGUAAAAUUUCGUGAAACCGAAGAAAUGCCAGUAAGUUUCUACAAACAACAGUUUCUGGACAAGAAAAUCCAAAAAGUUUCUACAUCGAAAUUGGAAGUUGAUAUAUGUGCAAGCAGUAUUUUAAAUAGAAUUGAACUGGAACAUGAAAUAGCUGCUGGAAAAACUUCUAUAAACCCAGGUAUAGAAUCAAUUUGGCAAGAUGAAGAAAUACGCAGAAAAUUAAUAAAAAUGAACAAUAAAGUGGAGUUACCAGUUCUAGAAAUACCAAAGCCUGAUGAAAGACUUAACGUUAAACCAACGAGCAGCGAGUUGUUUUAUCGUUCAGCUCUUGAACGAAAACUAAGUGAAUUAAGCUGUCAAAUAACUGAAUCCAAUUCGGAUAAUAUUUCAUUUUUAUCUUCUCAAUCGUGUAGUCCGCUCGAAAAGAAAAGGAAAUUCAACGUCACAAGGCUUUUGAAAAAUUCAGUUUAUCCAGAUGAGUGUCCUAUAGAUGAUGAUUUGUUAAAUGCAACUAUUGUGCAAAAUCAUUUGAAGCAAAGCAAAUCAAGAAAACUGCAACAUUAUACGAACGAUACAGAAGUGUUAAAUAAAGAUGUAUUUGACGAAGAAACUUUAAAUGAGCAAGAAAUUAUAAAUUUGUCGCAGCACCAUUACAAAAAUUUUAGUUUUAAUGAUACUAGUACUUGUGAACAAGGUGUUUUAGAUUUUAUUAAGCAAUUAGAAGAAGAAGAUAAAGAAGAGCGCGGAAUCGAUCUGGACAGUUCUCUUGGUCCAUUCUCAGAAUCGCAACAAAACUAUAACAAAGAAGUUCUAGAAUUUUUAAGACAAUUAAGCGAUGAAGAUGAAAAUAUUCAAGAUCAAAUAAAUAAUUUGUCACAAAAAUUUCAAUCAGAUUCAGAGGACGAAUGCUUAAAUAAUUACACGGUAGCAAAUGAAGACAUUGAAGAGAUUCUAACAAAGUUAUCCCAAACAGUAAAAUGUACCUCAGUAAACGCUGAUCACAAUUUCCUCCCGCAAGUAGAUGGAGCUGACAGCACUCCAAAAAAAAAUUGUCACACGAAACUUAGUAAGACACCUUCGCCUACAAAACUUAGUCCUAGGGUAUCUAGGUGUAUCAAUAACGACGACCAGAAUGAACGUUUGUAUGAGGUUAAAGGCCACUCGCAUGUCAAACGAAGUCCAAAAACACCAAGAACACCUAGAUCAAUAAAGUACGAUCGAUAUAAACCCUUACAAGGGAUAACAAUAUAUUCUCCAAAUAAGUCAAAAAUAUGUGAAAACGAUUCUGAUUUGGAGGCUGUAUCUGCAUCUUCUGCUGAAAUGAAUAAAAGCAAUCGUUCAAUAUUGAGAAGAAAGAAAAGAAAGUAUUCAUUCAGAGAAAGAAGGCAAAGAAAAUCGUAUUAUGAAGGCAGUUUGAUUUCAGAUGAUGUUACUUCUUUAACAUCUCGUGACUCUUCUAUUUCUGAAUUCAAGUCAGAUUUGGAUAAAACUGAAAUAAAAGUUACUUGCAAUCUUAAAACACCAAAAAAUAAAACACCUCAAAACAAACUUAGAACCCAAGACUGUCAGACAGAAUCAAGAAAUUCAGAAAUCGUUCAAGAAAUAUUGUGCAAAAAUGCAAAAAGGAAUGAAAAUAAAAAUUCAGAAAACAUGGGCACAAAAAUGAUGCGCUCAAGAUUAAGAAAGCGAAUUGAUUCUAUUAUUUCUAAUUCUGAAGUAGAUAUAGAAAAAUGUAAAAGUAGUGAAAAUCAAUCCAUUGAAGGAAAAUCCAAAAUAAAUGAUAAAAGUAAAAAUGAUGCAAAUUCGAUAAAUAUGAGAAGACAAAAUCAAGAUUUCAAUAUAGUUGAAAGUGCAAGCAUAACAGGUAAACCAGUGGCACAGCCACAUGUGCUCGCUAAUCUGCAAGAACUUGGGCUAUGUUUUCUAGAAGAAAAAAAUUCUGAAAAGAACAAAUUGAGAAGAGAAAAUAACAUUAAUAACGGCAAAAAUUAUUUUGAGGAAAAAUGUAAGAUUCUAAAUGAAAACAGACAAGAAGAAGAAAGAAGUUUAGCCAAGAAAAUUUUUAAAACAAAAAGAUGUAAAGUUAAAAGCAAGCGUUUGAAAAUCAAAGAAAUGAAAAGUAUUUCAAAAAAGGAAGCAAUAAAUGCUGACGUAAAAUCGUCAUCAAAGUUAAAUGCUAAAGAAAAUUCAAAAACAAGUAACGUAGGAGAUUGUAUUCAGUCAGACAUCGAAGAAGAUUUGAAUAUAUGUAGUUUUUAUGAUGUCUCGUUUUUCGUAAAUAGUCCUUCAAUGUUUAGUGAUGCAGACUCACCUAUUCCAAAAAAUCAUGGUGAAAUUUCGCAAACUAGUGAUAAAAAGAGUAAAAAAAGUAAAAGAAGAAGUAUUUCAAUGUCACCACUACAAUUUUCAGACGAGGACAUUGACACUGAUAUAAAUUAUGAAAAUAAACAAAACAAACUUAAUACCGAAAAAGUUCGAAUUAAGAAUUCUAAAGAAAAAAACGAUGAAUCUUUAGAAGACACUCCCAAUUUACCAAUAUAUACUGCACCUGAAAUAAUUAAUCAAAUGCCAUUUUACAGCAAUCCUAAUGAUGUUAGAAAAGGAAAAGAAGUUGGUCAUCUUGUUUUACAUAUACCAUUACAGAUCCACGAAACUGACUGUAAUGCUGAAGUUGAUUCAAAUAAAAUCAAAGAUUCACACAAAAAUAAUGUUGAGGAAACUGAAUUUGCCGAAAAUAUGCCAGAUGUUUAUGAUGAUAGUCCUAUUAAAAUUAGACGUCAAAAGAUCAGUACCAUUUUGAUUAAAAACGAUAAUGAAAUAUUUAGAAAAAAAGAUGUAGCUUCCCUUGGUAGUAGAACAAAUUUCAAAAAAUGCAAAGUUGCUUUGAAGAAAAUUUCGCUAAACAAAUUACAAAAUAAUAUUUCCUUACAACAUGACAAUAAGAUUAAGUGUAAAAAAAAACUGUUCUGUGGUCAUUCAGAUCCUAAAGAAAAUAAAAGAAAUAUCUUGAACGAUAGCUCUUCGAGAACAUUAUUUGAUGAUAAAAUAUCAAGUUCCAAAUCAAACGAAUCAUUUAUAAAUGGAGUUCCAAUUGAAAUUAUACUAUCGGAUGAAGUGAGCGUGGAAGAUGCUUUGACUUUCAAAAGCCAAAAUUUAAAUAAACAAAAAGAAAAUCAAAUAGUUUCAAGUAAUCCAAGAAAAUCUUUAAAAAGAAAUGCAAGUAUAAUUUCUGAAACAAGUUUUGGACUUUCAGGAGCUUCUCUAGAUAAUACGUAUGGAUUUAAAGCUAGAUUAGAAAAUUUGCAACAAGCAAAAGCAGACAUCGAUCAUUAUUAUUUGACCACAAUGUCUCUUGAAAUUUUUGUAAAAGCUCGAGGAAAUUUGCUUCCAAAUCCAGCUUUUGAUGAAAUAUGUGGGGUAUUCUAUGCAAUUUUAAAUGAUGUGCCUGAAAAUCAUAAAAUACCUACAAAAUUAUCAGGUUAUAUAUUAGUAGCGCAAGCAGAUGAUAAGAACCCUAAAAUGACUGGAAUUGAAGGGAAUGUAACAAUAGCGAAUUCUGAAUUGCAACUUUUUAAUUUGCUUUUAGAGCUGAUUCGUUUUUGGGAUCCUGACAUUUUAGCUGGAUAUGAGAUUGAAAUGAGCUCGUGGGGGUACAUUCUUGACAGAUCAAAACAUCUAAACAUUAAUUACAUUCAAUCAUUAUCAAGAGUUCCAUCGCAGAAAGUUUAUGAAAAUGUGGAAGAGGACGAACCAAAAGAAAGUUAUACUGAUUUGGACCACGAGUCAAAAAUUUAUGGAAGAAUAUUGUUAGACGUAUGGAGGCUUCUAAGAUCGGAAAUAGCAUUGACUUCUUAUUCAUUUGAAAAUGUGAUGUAUCAUAUAUUACAUCGACGAAUCCCUUCACAUUGCUAUCAAAAGUUAACUGAGUGGUAUUUUUCUGCUCAAACAAAGUGGAUAGUGUUAGAAUAUUACUUAGAGCGGGUCAAUGGUGUUAUGGACCUGUUAGAUCAAUUAGAUUUAAUUGGCAGAACUUGUGAAAUGGCUAAAUUAAUUGGAAUACAAUUUUAUGAAAUACUUUCCAGAGGUUCGCAAUACCGCGUUGAGAGUAUGAUGCUGCGAAUAGCGAAACCCAAAAAUCUGAUUCCAAUGUCACCGAGUCCUCAGCAAAGGUUACAUAUGAGAGCACCUGAAUAUCUUCCAUUAAUUUUAGAGCCUCAGUCGAGAUUCUAUGCAGAUCCUUUGAUUGUAUUGGAUUUUCAAAGUCUUUACCCAAGUAUUAUGAUUGCUUAUAAUUAUUGUUUUUCAACUUGUCUUGGCCGUGUUGAACAUCUUGGAUCAUCAACACCAUUCGAGUUCGGUGUUUCCAUGCUAAAAGUUUCAACAAAUAUGUUAAGAAAAUUAUUGGCUUACGAUAUGGUAACGAUUUCUCCAUGUGGAGUCGCAUUUGUCAAACAAGCCAUUCGAGAAGGAGUUCUUCCGCAAAUGGUUCGAGAAAUUCUUGAUACAAGAUUAAUGGUGAAACAAUCUAUGAAGUUGCAUAAAUCAAAUGAAAUUUUGCAAAGAGUACUUCACUCAAGACAAUUAGCAUUGAAGUUAAUGGCAAAUGUGACUUAUGGAUAUACAGCAGCAAACUUUAGUGGUCGUAUGCCUUGUGUUGAAGUUGGAGAUAGUGUAGUAGCCAAAGGCCGGGAAACAUUGGAACGUGCAAUAAAAUUAGUUGAAGCAACUCCAAGAUGGGGGGCGGAAGUAGUGUACGGUGAUACGGAUUCUUUAUUCAUAUUAUGCCCUGGCAAAACAAGACAGACUGCUUUUAAAAUCGGUGAAGAAAUUGCGGAAGCUGUUACAAAAGACAAUCCUUUUCCAGUAAAAUUGAAAUUGGAAAAAAUUUAUCAACCUUCGAUAUUACAAACUAAAAAACGUUACGUUGGUUACAUGUAUGAAACUCCAGAUCAAGUUGAACCUAUUUAUGAAGCAAAAGGUAUUGAAACAGUAAGAAGAGAUGGAUGCCCUGCCGUAGUAAAGAUUUUAGAAAAAUCUCUUAAAAUUUUGUUUCAAACUAAAGAUGUUAGUCAAGUUAAACUAUACGUAUGCCGCCAAUUUACAAAAAUUUUACAAGGCAAAGCUAAUGUGCAGGAUUUGAUCUUUGCUAAGGAAUUCCGUGGCAGAUUUGGUUACAAACCAGGAGCAUGUGUACCAGCAUUAGAGUUGACAAGAAAAUGGAUGAUAACAGAUCCCAGAAAAGAACCAAGACGUGGAGAACGUGUACCAUAUAUUGUUACAAAUGGUCCACCAGGGGUUCCAAUUAUAAGAUUAAUCCGAUGUCCGCAUGAUGUUUUAAAUGAUGAAGGUUUUAAAAUUAAUGCAAUAUAUUACAUUACGAAAGCAAUAAUACCAGCACUAAAUCGAUGCUUUUUAUUGAUUGGGGCUGAUGUCAAUGAAUGGUUUGCCGAACUACCUCGCAAGAACACAAACUUAUUGCAGCAUAUUAAAAAUUCAAAAGAUCACUCAAAAUUUGCAACAAAAGAAAAGAAAACAACGAUUUCACAGUACUUUUCUUCUACUAACUGUGUAAUUGAUUGUGGUAAACAAACUAAGAAUGAAAUAUGCAACGAUUGUGCAAAGAAUGUUCAGAAUUGUGUUAUAACAUUACAAAAUAAAAUAUCUAAACUUGAAAGAGCUUAUUUUUUAACAGAAAAGAUUUGUCAAUCAUGUGUUGGUAGAUCAAAAAAUAUCGAUUGCAAAUCUUUAGAUUGUCCUGUGCUAUUUGUAAAAGAGGUUAAACGAAGAGAAUAUAAGCAAAUUGGUUAUUUUAAAGAAUUGAUAGAUAAAAUUUCUUAAAUUUAUUUAGUAAAUUUGUAUUUUAAAACAUUUUUAAAAUAUAUGUAUGUACACAUAAUAAAUAUUAUUAGUAAAGAUAAAGAAAAUUUUUUCCCCUUUAUAAAAUGCAAUACACUAUGAAUACAUAUAUUAUUGAGUUUGUUUCGAAAGUAUUCUUUCAAAUACAACGAUUGGAAUUAAGAAAUUUUA